AUGGCGGCUCCCAUACUGAAGUGGAAACGAUUAACUAACGCUACUGGACCCUCUCCCAGGCCCCGUCAUGGCCAUCGUGCCGUAGCCAUUAAAGAUUUGAUGAUUAUUUUUGGAGGAGGAAAUGAAGGAAUUGUCGACGAACUUCACGUUUACAAUACCGCUACAAAUCAGUGGUUCAUUCCUGCCUUGAAAGGGGAGAAUCCCCCAGGGUGUGCAGCCUAUGGAUUUGUUUGUGAUGGAUUAUCCAAGAUACUAAUGUUUGGGGGCAUGAUUGAGUAUGGCAAGUAUUCAAAUGAAUUAUUCGAACUUAAUGCCACAAGAUGGGAGUGGAAGAAAUUGAAACCAAAACCACCAAGAAAUGGUAGUCCCCCUUGUCCUAGAUUAGGACACAGUUUCACACUGGCUGGCAAUAAAGUUUUCCUUUUUGGUGGCCUGGCCAAUGAAAGUGAUGAUCCAAAGAAUAACAUACCAAAAUACUUAAAUGACCUCUACACACUGGAGAUGAAAGUCAGCACAAAUACAUAUGCAUGGGAGACUCCAUUGGUUGGUGGUGACCUCCCUCCUCCCAGAGAAUCCCAUACAGCUGUUGCAUACUGCGACAAAAAUGGAUCUAACUAUCGCUUGAUUGUCUAUGGAGGCAUGAGUGGGUGUCGAUUAGGAGAUCUCUGGGUUCUUGAUAUAGGAGCGAUGCUCUGGACUAAACCAACUGUUUUCGGUAUUCCUCCUCUUCCUAGAAGUUUGCAUUCUUCAACGAUAAUUGGCAACAAGAUGUAUGUGUUUGGUGGCUGGGUUCCUCUCGUCAUGGAUGAUGUCAAAGUGGCAGCUCAUGAGAAAGAAUGGAAGUGUACCAACACUCUUGGCUGUCUUAAUUUAGAUACGAUGAAAUGGGAACACUUGACAAUGGAGAUGGUUGAAGAUUCCAUGCCGCGAGCUCGUGCUGGGCACUGUGCUGUAGCCACUCACACCAGACUCUACAUCUGGAGUGGUAGGGAUGGAUAUAGAAAGGCUUGGAACAAUCAGGUUUGCUUUAAAGACCUUUGGUUUCUAGAAACAGAAAAACCUGUUGCCCCAAGUCGCGUUCAACUAGUAAGAGCCAGCACAAACACAUUGGAAGUGUGCUGGGGAGCUGUACCUACAGCAGAAGCCUACAUAUUGCAAUUGCAAAAGUACGACAUGCCUCUUACCCCUGCCAAGACACCAACUGGAAAUCCUCCACUGUCUCCAAUGAAGGCAACUGGUGUGUUCAGGCCGGCUGUUGUCGGUUAG